UUCCGCGCCACGUCUCUCUCUCCUCCAAGCUGCUCAAAAUGUCCAGUUCGAAGCUUCGAGCUGAGCGAAGCCUCGACUCCCCUCCCCUAAAGCUUCACAUUCGCUCGACACUCUAAGUUUCGAAAUUUUGAAGCUGUUGAGGUCUCGAAGCUGGAAUAUAACAGUAUGUCUGCCAAAGAUAUGGCAAGUAUGGAAGUGGAUGAAGAUGUGGCAGCUGAAGCCACAUCAUCCUCCCAGUCACUAGCAGUGGAGAGUACCAGCCAGGCUGCUAGUGGUAUUAUAAAUGUUGUUGCCCCCACCUCACCUUUACCACAACCAGCUCAAUCAUCAGCAUCAUCAUCAUCAUUGUCAGGACUUUGUGUAGUUGUUGCAGGAGGCAGUAACAGUGAGGUAGUUAGUGGAGAUGGAGGUACUGUAAUGGCAUCAGCAGGCACAGUGGGUAGUGUCUCAGUCUCGCUCCAUCCUUUGGUCAUACUCAACAUCUCGGAGCACUGGACACGACAGAGAGCUCAGGAGGGCAAACCAGUACAAGUACUGGGAGCUCUGAUUGGUAAGCAGACUGGUCGCCACAUAGAGAUAAUGAAUUCUUUCGAAUUGAGUUACGAUGAAUUAGGUGGACAUAUCAUCAUCAAUCGUGAUUAUUAUACAGUUAAGGAAGAGCAGUAUAAGCAAGUAUUUAGUGACAUGGACUUACUUGGCUGGUACACUACUGGUGAUACUCCUGGCCCUCCUGACCUCUUGAUUCAUAAACAAGUCUGUGAUCUCCUGGAUAGCCCUGUAUUCCUCAAACUGAACCCUAUGGCACGUCACACAGAUCUUCCAGUAAGCAUAUUUGAAAGUGUCUUGGACUUAGUAAAUGGGGCUCCUACCAUGCUGUUGGUAGAAUUGCAGUACACCUUGGCUACCGAAGAGGCUGAGCGUAUUGGUGUGGACCACGUUGCCAGGAUGUCAUCCCAUGACACUCAGGAGAGCUCACUUGUUGCAGAAAAUCUUCAAGCACAAUAUAGUGCCAUCAAGAUGCUGGCAAGCCGGGUACGCUUAAUUGCAGAAUAUGUUCGUGCCAGCCAACGUGGCGAGGUGGAGUUCAAUCACGAAAUUCUUCGCCAGGUCAAUGCUUUGGCUCAUCGACUUCCAGUCUUAAGUAGUGAUAAGUUCCGUGGAGAGUUUUAUAAUCAAUGUAAUGAUGUAGCACUGAUGUCUUACCUUGGAACAAUAACAAAGUGCUGUAAUACAAUGAACAGAUUUAUCAACCGCUUCAACCUUUUGCACGAGAGAUUAGCCAUGGGACGCCGGAUGCGAGGCCUUUUCUUUUAAAAUGUGCAGCAAUAGAUAUACAGUACUGUCAAUUUCUAGCGUUAAAAAAAAAAAAAAAAAGACUACAAGGAUUAUCUUGCUAUGACUGUCAAAAUAUUUGUAAUGUAAUGAACAUGAAUAUGUAGUAUUUUCAAUAUAUAUUAAGUUUGCAAAAUAUUUGUUGUAUGAUCCAACCUGUUCCCUCAGCAGCAGGGUUAUUUUCCAGUGCAUUACAUUGUUAAUUUCUUUAUGGAUUUAACCAUCAGUUAUUAAAGGUUGGGUUAACUUAACUAAAUAUACAAGUUAGUUAUUUAACUGUCAGUGACUCAUUAAAUUUGGGGGAUGGGUUGCUAGAUCAUCGAGCCUGUAGUGUUAUUAAUGUUUGCAAAAUGUACAGUUUAAAUUUUCAUCACUUAUCAGUUUUUAAUAUUAAUAGAGGCUUAGGAGUGUCACUUUUUGUAAAAUGUGUUUUGCUCCAGAUGAAAAUCUGAUGUCUUUUGACUUGUUAUAGAACUGCACUGAAAUAUCUCCAUGUAAUAUAUUUGAUAAUAUACGGUACAAUCACUUGUAGGAUGAAGUUUUUCCAAUUAAGUUUUGCUCUGAGUUGCACAGAAUUAAGUGCAUUUGCAGCUUCCUUGGGCUGAGAUGUUUUAGAUCUAAAUCAGUAACAACAUUACAUAAUGUCAGCAUAAAAUAUAAUGGGUAAUAAGUAUUAAGCAAAAUUUAUUAAAUGAUAGAACAGAUAACAUAAAGUGGUCCUUAAUAAAUUUACACACUGAAA